AUGGAGACACGGAAGACGCCGGUAUCCAGCGAAACACCAUGGCAUUCCGCAUUUCCAGCGCCCAAGGCCACUGUUGGCUCUGUUAGUCGCUCAACAGUCCUUGAAUGGCUCUCAAAAAAAGAUGGACCUCUGGAUUAUGUGCUAGUUGAUGUACGCAGGGUGGAUCAUGAGGGAGGGACAAUAUCUGGCUCCCUUAAUCUGCCGGCACAAAGCUUCUAUGCAUCUCGUCCAACCGUAUACAAACUUCUAAAACAGGCUGGUAUUAAAAAGGCAGUCUUCUACUGCGGUUCGUGCAAUGGACGUGGGCCCCGUGCAGCUGGCUGGUUGGCCGACUAUCUCCAAGAGCGAGGAGACAAUGACAUCCAAAGUCUGAUCCUUGAAGGUGGGAUUAAGGGGUGGGUGAAAGCUGGAGGGGAGUAUGUGGCUCGCAUGGAUGACUAUGAUCCUGCCUCCUGGAAAUAG